UACGCCCUGAAAUUAAUGCCGUUCUUAUAGAAUUGAAAGAUCCUCGACUUUCUUUGGAAGAUGAUAUGAUUCUUUUUGUUAAUAAAUUAUAUUCGACCUUUAGUAAACUAUUUAACGAAGGUAGAUCUGUCAGUGAUAUAAUUAUCAAUUCCAUAUCUAAAGCUGGUAAAACCGACGAGAAAGUUUUUAAUUGGUUAGUUGAACAUAAUAAAGAUAAUCCAAAGUAUACUUGUCUACUUGGAUUAUUUUAUAGUUGGGAAAUUGGUACAGAAAAUAAAACCGACGAUGUAUUUAAUCUAUUUCUUAAGGCAGCAAAUUCAGACAAUAUAUUUGCUCAAUAUUUUGUUGGACGAUGUUAUGAAACUGGUUGGAACAUCAGAAAGAAUACGAAGCAGGCAAUGAAAUGGUAUAAUAAGGCGAGCGAAGCUGGAUGUGCAAAUGCGAAACGUAGGCUUGGUGAAUAUUAUUAUAAACUUAAUAAAUAUAAAAAGGCAUUUAAUUAUCUCAAAAGUGCGGCUGAUAAAGGAAACGCAUUAGCGAUGAAUACAUUAGGGAUAUGUUAUCAAAAAGGUUACGGAACGAAAGUUGAUAAGGUUAAAGGAUUUAAGUCAUUCGAAAAAGCAGCUGAAAAAGGUCUACCUGAUUCACAAUUUGAACUUGGUGAUUGCUACGAGCACGGUAUUGGAACAAAAGAAAAUUUGGAGAUGUCAUUAUAUUGGUAUAAAAAGGCUUCCCAAAAAAAUUCUAAUUACCAGUAUCAU